CUUGAUGGCACCGUUAUUGAUUAUUUCAAAGGAAUGAAUGAUUUAGAGAAACGAAGGAUUGCUUUUGUUGGUGAUGCCACACAAAGGAUACAGGUAUUUUCGGACUAUUAUUAUUGUUUUUAUUAG